UUUUUAUUUUUGGGUCUUACAAGUAAUUCAAACCUUUGAGGAUUGGAUCUUCAUAUCCCAUUAGAAUUUUAUUUUAAGUGUACAAAAUCAAAUUUCUAAUUAAUAAUUCUAUUCAUAACACAUCCAUGUCUUUUUGUUUGGCUUACUACAUUACUUGCCGUUGAGGGUGUACUUGCUAAAUCAGUUAGAAUGGCCAUCAAGUGUUCACACAUCAACCCCCUUGGCACUACGGUAAAUAAUUAAGAGACGAAUACAAGUACGAAAGUGUAAUGGCAAAAAGAGUGUGGAAAUCCUUCUCCUCCACCUCAAAGGCUUAAACGAAAAAGUAAAAGUUGGAAAGGAAGGAUAGCAAAGGAAGGCGGGUUGGAAAAAUGUAACAAAGAUUGGUGAAAAUAUAAACUAACGUAGAAUAAAAGUAAAAAAAGAAACAAAAAAAUUAAAAUCUCAUCAAUUUAAGCACAUAUGCUAUAAAACAAGCAUUGAUGUGGAUUCACAUGUGGAUUCCAUUCUUUUUCCCUCCGUCUGAUUCUCCACUAUUUGUGUCUCAUCAACAAGAGAAACGUGAACCAAUUAUAACAACCAAAGAAAGUUGUUUUGCUAGGAGAUUACUUCAUUAAUUUAAGAUAUUCUUUAUGUACAUGUCCUCCUCCAUAAGUUAGAAUCCUUCCCUUCUUAUAUAUGUAGUUCCCACACCUUCAUCUACUUAAAGCUUUCAGACCCUAUUAUUCUCUCUCUGUCUGAAUUAAGCUUGAAGAAUCCCCAGAGCUCCCCGUUACCUACAAGGUGAUUUUCUUUAAGCGUUUGGCUUGAUCAUGUUGAAUGAAUUCACGAUUAGUAUUAUCAACAGAGCUGAGUUGCCCCUGGUUGAAUAAUUCCCAGAAGUUGAGAGAUAAUUAAGCAGGAUGGCUUCUGCCCAGGGCAAAGAAAAGCCGGCAGCCAUAAAGUUUCAGAAGAGCUACUUUGAUGUGUUGGGGUUGUGCUGCUCAUCAGAAGUUCCUCUGAUAGAGAAUAUCCUCAAGCCUCUUGAAGGUGUAAAAGAGGUUUCAGUGAUUGUGCCUUCCAGAACUGUCAUUGUUGUCCAUGAUACCCUUCUCAUUUCCCAACUUCAAAUCGUUAAGGCACUAAACCAAGGAAGGCUAGAAGCAAAUGUGAGAGUGUAUGGGGCAGGGGACAGUUACAAGAAAACGUGGCCAAGUCCAUAUGCAAUUGGUAGUGGCGUGUUACUGGUUCUAUCAUUUCUCAAGUAUGUAUAUCGGCCAUUAGGAUGGUUGGCCCUUGGAGCGGUUGCCGUUGGCAUUUUCCCCAUUGCUUCGAAAGGUUUUGCGUCUGUUCGGAAUUUCAGGUUUCAUGACAUCAACAUUCUUGUUAUCAUUGCUGUAAUUGGGACAAUUGCUUUGAAGGACUAUACAGAAGCUGCCUCGAUUGUCUUUCUGUUCACCAUUGCAGAGUGGCUCCAGUGUUCUGCAGGUUACAGGGCGAAAGCAGUGAUGUCGUCGUUGAUGAGCAUGGCGCCCCAAAAAGCAAUCUUAGCAGAAAGUGGAGAAGUUGUGGGUGUUGAUGAGGUUAAGUUGAACACAAUUCUUGCUGUUAAGGCCGGCGAAAUUAUACCGAUUGAUGGAAUAGUUGUUGAAGGAAAAGCUGAAGUGGAUGAGAAAACACUAACUGGAGAAUCCUAUCCAGUUGCCAAAGAAAAGGACUCCACUGUUUGGGCUGGCACUAUCAAUCUUAAUGGUUAUAUUAGUGUGAAGACUACAUCAUUGGCUGAAGAUUGUGCGGUCGCCAAAAUGGCAAAACUUGUCGAAGAGGCUCAAAACAGCAAAACCAGAACUCAAAGAUUCAUUGACAAAUGUGCAAUGUUCUAUACCCCAGCGGUCCUAGUCAUAUCUGUUUCUAUCGCGGUGAUUCCAGCUGCAUUACAUGUUCACAAUUGGAGCAAGUGGUUUCACUUAGCUUUGGUUGUUUUGGUGAGCGCAUGUCCAUGCAGUCUCAUCCUCUCUACACCCAUUGUGACUUUCUGCACGCUCACAAAAGCGGCAACAUCUGGACUUCUGAUCAAAGGAGGUGACUACAUUGAGAUUCUUGCUAAAGUCAAGAUCAUGGCUUUUGACAAAACUGGUACAAUAACAAGGGGUGAAUUUGUGGUGAUGGAUUUUCAAUCUCUCCGUGAUGACAUUAGCUUGAACACAUUGCUUUACUGGGUUUCAAGCAUUGAGAGGAAGUCAAGUCAUCCAAUGGCAGAUGCGCUGGUUGACUAUGGAAGAUCGCUUUCGGUUGAGCCAAAACCUGAAAAUGUGGAGGAGUUUCAAAAUUUUCCCGGGGAAGGUAUUCAUGGGAAAAUUGAUGGACAAGAUAUCUACAUUGGAAACAGAAAAAUUGCUUUGAGAGCUGCUUGUGAAAUAAUUCCAACAAUUGAAGGUUCUAAAGGUGGGAAGACGAUUGGUUACAUAUACUCUGGGGGAACCCCCGCUGGAGUCUUUACAAUAUCUGAUGCUUGUCGAUCUGGGGCUGCAGAGGCUGUCAAGGAGCUAAAGAAGUUAGGCAUUAAAACAGCUCUGCUCACAGGAGACAGUAAUGCUGCCGCAUUACAUACAAAUGAGCAGCUUAAGCAAGCUCUCGAGGUAGUCCAUGCGGAACUUCUACCUGAAGACAAGGCAAGAAUCAUUAAAGAAUUUAAAAUGGAAGGAAAUACAGCAAUGAUUGGAGACGGUAUCAAUGAUGCCCCUGCUUUAGCCACAGCCGAUAUUGGUAUCUCAAUGGGCAUUUCAGGAUCAGCCCUUGCUCAAGAAACUGGGAAUAUAAUUUUACUGUCAAAUGACGUUAGGAAACUACCGAAAGCAGUCCAACUUGCGAGAAGAGCUAAUAGAAAAGUGAUUGAGAAUGUGGUUUUGUCAAUCACUACUAAGGUCAGUAUCCUUGCACUGGGAUUUGCAGGGCAUCCACUCGUUUGGGCUGCAGUUCUUGCUGAUGUCGGGACAUGCAUGCUUGUGAUAUUCAACAGCAUGCUACUCUUACGAGGAACCCACAAGCAUGGAGGGAAAACUUCUGCACCACAUGGCCAUAAACAUGGAAGCCAUGGACAUAGCCAUUCUCACAAAAACCAACAUUGUUGCUCGGACAGCAAACCCUUAAAAGCAGCCUGUAAACUUCAAAAAUGUUCCUCGCAGAAAUGUGGAUCAGAGUGCCAGCCUAGUCCCUUAAAUUCAAGCUUUCCCUGUAAACUUAAGUGCAGUGACUUACAUGAGGCACAGCACUGUGAUGAAACAAGCUGCACCAAAGUCAAUCAUGAUCUCGAGUCACAGAAUAAACACAAUCAUGGUUGUUUGAGUCAUCAUAAUUUGAGCUCAUGCGCAGAAGGUGAUAAACUUUACGAGGCAAAACACUGCAAUCAUUCUGCUUCUUCUUUGGUGGAAAUUAAGAAGUUGACAAGUCAAGGUCAUUGCCACUCGACCCACUGCGGCAAAGAGCACAACAGAAAAGAAGAUGAUGGAGUCCAUGAGGAAAAACACUGCAAUUAUUCCGCUUUUGCUUUGCCCAAAAGCGAAAAAUUGACAAGUGGUGUUCAUUGGCACUCAAGCCACAGUGGAAAGGAGCAUAGUAUAAUGGAAGGUGAUGCAAUCCAUGAGCCAAAACACUGCAACCAUUCUACUUUUUCCUCGGAGGAAAGCAGAAAGUUGACAAGUACUGGUCAUUGCCACUCAACUCAUUGUGGCAAUGAUUAUAUUCACAAUGAAUCGUUAGGAGAAACGUUUGCCACAAGAUGUGAUCAUCAGAACCACCAUAAUCAAGAUAAACAAUCACCCCCUCAUACGACGAUUGACAUUGUAGCGGGUUGCGACCACACAGAAUCAGCCGCAACGAAUUCUUGCAUUCGCUCCCGGACAGCGGAAAAGGAAGCAUGUUGCUCGGAAUUAGUAGCAAUUCAUGCUUGUGUGUUGGAGAAAAGAGAAGUCGGUGGGUGUUGCAAAAGCUACAUGAAGGAAUGCUGUGGUGGUCAUGUGCAUCUUGGUUCUAGCUUUCAAGGUUGUUUAUCAGAAAUCACAAUUGAAUAGAUGUAACUGACCGAAAAUAAGUAUAUAUAUUAUAUAUAUGGGUGCUUUAUAUA